AUGGACGCCAUCGACUCCGUGGUGGACCCCCUCCGCGAGUUUGCCAAGGACAGCGUCCGCCUCGUCAAGCGCUGCCACAAGCCCGACCGCAAGGGUAAGGACCAAAGACUCGCACCUGCUCGUCUAGAUCCGGUUCGUUUUCCUCUUUCACCAGAUCUGACGCUGAUUGGGCGUGCAGAGUUCACCAAGGUGGCGGCGCGGAUGGUGAUCGGGUUCGUCGUCAUGGGGUUCGUCGGCUUCUUCGUCAAGCUCAUCUUCAUCCCCAUCAACAACAUCAUCAUCGGCUCCGGCUAG